AUGUCGCAAAUUUUGUGUUUCUGCUUAUUUUUAAUGUGCUAUAUUAAUACCGUUAGAGCCGAUGAUGAAAAAUUUCUUACAGAGCCGCCAGAUUAUAUCAGACAAUGUCAGAUAGCUGACAAAAAUUUUCUAAACUGUUCUACGCAUAGCAUACAACAACUAUUCGAUAAAUUAAAUGACGGCAUACCCGGCUUGAAUAGUAUCAAAAGCUUCGAUCCAUUCUAUCUGAACCGGAUACGCAUUACGCAAGGCAACAGCAAUGCGAUCAAUCUAAAAGUGGAGUUGGGCAAUGUGAAAAUCAAUGGUUUUGGGCAUACGAAUGUGCUGGAGAGUAUGGUUUAUCCCAAAGACUACAGUUGGAAGACUACUUUUAUGCUGCCGGAAAUGAAAUUACAAGGCGAUUAUAGUCUCUUCGGGCGCAUAUUAUUAAUACCGUUAAAUGGACAUGGCGAAGUGUUCUUAGAAGCGGAAAAUAUGACGGUCAUUAUGAACUCGAAGACUCAACUCUACGAAAAAGGCGGCUUUACCUUCUAUAAUGUGACAGAUUGUCGUGUGGACUUCAAAAUCGACGGUUUGAAGUCAUAUUUUUCAAAUCUCUUUAAUGGAAAUAAGCAACUGGAGGACAGUACCAAUAAGUUCUUCAACGACAACUGGCGCAUGCUGGCCGAUGCUCUUUACAACGUUAUUACACAAACUAUCGAAGAUAUUCUAUUGGAUGUGUUGAAGAAAAUCUUCCACUAUAUACCAGCCAACUUCUUUAUUAGCGAUAUACCAACAUCGAAGCAGCUAUAUGGCGGCAGUAAGGUGACGGCGGGCGAGCCAAAGCGACCGAAAUAA